CUUUAGUAGCUGUUUAGAUUUUCCGUGCUUUAGCCUCCUUGUCGGAUAUGUGAAAAUUUUUACGCAAAAUAAUCUAUUCUUAAGUUAAUUAAAAGGAAAUUGAAACUUUUUGUGUUUAUUACAGAAACCUUCUGGUAAAACGACAUGGAAUGGAUCACUGCAAUCGACAAGAGGCCAUGCGAUCGAAACGUAAAAGACGUGGAAGUAAUUGCUGUUCGAUUACGCCGUAUUGAACAACUCGGUCGUCUUCCGAAUUCUGUCUUGCAACAGCUGGCCCUUUGUGCCUACUAUGAGGAUUUAGAAAAGGGAGUUACAGUUUUCCGACAGGGAGAUACGGGGAAAUGUUGGUACGCCGUAAUAACGGGAACUCUGGAAGUUAAAAUCACUCAACCGGAAUCGGAAACCAAGGUGCCGGUGACACUUUGUUCGCUGGGUGUUGGGGCCACGUUCGGAGAAUCGAUCCUCCAGGACCUCCCUCGGGAUACAACUGUCAUCACGCAAACCACCUGUGAACUGUUGCGAGUCGAGCAGCAGGACUUCCGCCUCAUCUGGGAGAAAAACAAGGAGCUCAUGAAUGACUUAGUAUCAUCUUGCAAGUUGAAAAAUGGUUUCGGGCCUGGCAUUAACCCAAAACCCCAGAUGCAACAGUCUUCCCCUACCAGGAGGAGAUCAAUUUCUCCUGUUCAUCCAAAUCCUGCAGAACCAAUUACAGAAACUCCCAGCGCAGCAAUGUCUCGCGUUGGAUGGUGUCUUCGAACGCUGUUGCUUUGUGAAAAUACAUGCUUGAAGGAUAGGAAAGUGUCGGGGAAACUCGUACGUCGCUGUGCCCCUGGGACUGAGCUAGUCGACUGGUUAUUGCAGCAAUCUCCAGGAAUCCACACCAGAGUGCAGGCUGCAGGAAUGUGGCAAGCACUCCUUGAGGAGGGGAUAAUAUCGCAUGUAAAUAAGGAACAGCCAUUUAAAGACAAGUGUUUUCUCUAUCGAUUUUGGCAAGAUGAAGAGGGUGCCACAAACCUUCCCACUGUGGAAGAUAUAAACACGGCAGAAGAACAAGCUCGAGAAGCUGUUGCAACUCUAAUCCAAAGGGGUCCAGAUGCUAUGCUGCGUAUGAUCCUCAGAAAGCAGAGCCACGAACGCACUGCAGAUGAUCUCGAAACUAUUUACGAAGAGCUACUUCACAUCAGAGCCCUUUCGCAUCUUUCCAACUCGGUCAAGAGGGAGCUCGCUUCCGUCAUUGUCUUCGAAGCACACCCCAAAGCUGGUUCAGUCUUAUUCCAUCAAGGAGACGAGGGCAGAUCGUGGUACAUAAUUCUCAGAGGAUCUGUGGAUGUAGUAAUACACGGUAAAGGAACGGUAACUACAUUACAAGAGGGAGACGACUUCGGAAAGCUUGCCUUAAUUAAUAAUGCCCCAAGGUAAGCCAAUAAAAUACGUGUAACAGUCAGUUUACCGUGGAGACACUUCAGACGACGCAAAGUGUAACUGUCAUGUAAUCCAAUAUUUUUGUCUGCAAAGUUUGCUCAGCUUUCACACACUAAAUGUCUUUAGAGGCUUAUUGCCUCAACGAAUGACACAAACCCGUUUUUCUCAUGAAAAGUCUUUGAAACUUGUCAACAAGUUUAUUAUAAUCGCAUUAAAACUCAAAGUUUGAAGCAUUAAAAAAAUUACUUUGUCCCAAAACAAGUAAAAUCUCAGAAUAAAAGGAAAAUAUA